AUUGCAUUCCGCAUCGGGCACUCACAGUUCCAUCGACUAUCGCCGGAUAGAGACGUACAGCUCUCGGAAAUGUUGCUCCCUUGCGUGCUGCUGCUAAUCAUUGGCCAUGGGCUUUGCCGCACUUUGCCUCAGCAGAAGCUACGGGUUAUACGCGAUACAAGAAAUCUACCAACAGAUCUGUUCAAGCCAGUUGGAAACGGAGGCGGUAAAAAGUCGAUCGCCAAUGAAGGACAGAAUGGUACUGUCAUACUAGAGCCCACAGAUGGCGUGGAGUUCCUUGAGAAAACCGAAGGAGAGGUCGCAGCUGUCUCAGAAUCCGAAGAAUCUGAAAGUAAUCCCCCUUGGCCCAACUAUCCACAUAACUCUUUCUUUUCCAGUAAUUUUUCACCGCCACCUGUUUUCAAUGGAAGAAACGUGAUGUUUCCUCCCAAUAAUAUUCGCCCCAACCCCAGCCCCAGCUUCAACGGGAAUAACUUUCCGACGAGUUCUUUCCCGAACAAUCCCAACACCUUUCCCCCAUUAAGUGGCACAUUUCAUAGCUCGGGACUUGAUCCACGUUUCGGGGUACCUUAUCCAUCUGGAGCUUCCAGGAAUCCCGUCUUUUCUGGCGGCUACGGUGGUAGUCCCAAUUCUAUAGCUUAUCCCUCGGGUGUUAGUUCCAUGACGCCCUUCUUUUCUGGCAGCGGCCCCAUUGGUAGUUCGUCAAGCAAUUUUCAACGCUCCGAGCACUAUAGCUACACCUCCGAUGGCAAUGGACCGCCACAGGUCGAGCACAAUGUGUUCGACUCACGGACGCCAAGAUUUGGCUCUUCGUCCAUGAGUUACUUUUAAUUCUAGAGUAUCCGCUUAAAAAUAAAUUAAAUUUGCCAGUAAUUUCAAUGCAUUUCCGUACGA